AUGUAUAGAAAAUAAUGUUGUUUUGUUAUGUAUAUAAAUUAAAGCCAAUGUGUUAAUAUUUGUUUAAUUGACCAUCCUUAGAAAUAGGAACAGUUAUUUUUUUAUAUCAGGAACAGCUUACUUAGAAGAUUACAAAACCCCAACUUGAUAAUAAAGAAAUCUACAUAUUUAUCUAUAUAAACCCUAUCAGAGUACUUGAACCACAUCAGAAAACUAUCAAAUCCUAAAGCACACAACAAUUGAAAAAAAAAAAAUUCUAUCUUUUUAGGUUUGGCAAUGGCUCUAGCCAAACACACAAGAGUUCAGAUAUUGGGAUGCAUACUCCUUGCAUCACUCGCACUAACAAUGGCUGAUACACCACCGGGCAUAGCCAAAAACCCGAGCCAUGCAACAUGUAAGAUCAAGAAGUACAAACAUUGCUACAACUUAGAACAUGUUUGCCCCAAGUUCUGCCCUGACUCUUGUCAUGUUGAAUGUGCUUCUUGCAAACCCAUAUGUGGCCCUCCUUCCCCCGGCAGUGAUGAUGAUGGUGGCGAAGAUGACGGUGGAUACACUCCUCCGGCUCCAGUUCCACCUGUUUCACCACCACUUCCUACACCUUCUGUGCCAAGCCCUACCCCCCCAGUUUCACCACCACCUCCAACUCCUACACCAGCCGUUCCAAGUCCCACUCCACCGGUUUCACCACCACCUCCAACUCCUACACCGGCUGUGCCAAGUCCCACGCCACCGGUUUCACCACCACCACCUUCUCCUACACCAGCUGUGCCAAGUCCAACUCCACCAUCUUCACCACCACCUCCUACUCCUACACCAGCCGUCCCAACUCCUACACCUCCUACACCGUCUGUGCCAAGUCCUCCAGGUACUCCCACUGCACCGGUCCCUCCAUAUUCCCCACCUGCGACUCCUACUCCCUCCAUUCCAAGUCCUACUCCUACAUCUCCCGGCUCUACUCCUCCUUAUGUCCCUCCGUCCUCUCCUACUCCAACCCCGCCAUCCGAUGGAGAGGCAGGAGCAGGAGUAAGAAGAGCCAGGUGUAAGAAGAAGGGCUCUCCUUGUUACGGAGUUGAGUAUAGUUGCCCGGCCGAUUGUCCCCGUUCUUGUGAAGUUGACUGCGUUACUUGCAAACCUCUUUGCAAUUGCGACAAACCGGGAUCGGUUUGCCAAGACCCACGUUUUAUUGGAGGAGAUGGUCUCACCUUUUACUUCCACGGCAAGAAAGACUCCAACUUCUGCCUCAUCUCCGAUUCUAACCUUCACAUCAACGCACAUUUCAUCGGUAAACGAAGGUCUGGUAUGGCACGUGACUUCACAUGGGUCCAAUCCAUUGCUAUCCUCUUCGGCACUCACCGUCUCUACGUCGGAGCCCUUAAGACCUCCACGUGGGACGAUUCUGUUGACCGGAUCUCCGCCUCUUUUGAUGGACAUGUUAUCUCACUUCCUCAACUAGAUGGUGCCACGUGGACUUCUUCUUCCCUUGGAGUAUACCCUCAGGUCUCGGUCAAACGAGUCAACGCUGACACUAACAACCUAGAGGUUGAAGUAGAGGGCAUGCUUAAGAUCACAGCAAGAGUGGUGCCAAUAACAGUGGAAGAUUCAAGAAUUCAUGGUUACAAUGUAACAGAAGACGACUGUCUCGCUCAUCUCGACUUAGGCUUUAAGUUCCAAGACCUUAGCGACAACGUCGAUGGUGUUUUGGGACAAACGUAUAGGUCUAACUACGUAAGCCGAGUCAAGAUCGGAGUCCACAUGCCUGUGAUGGGUGGUGAUAGGGAAUUCCAGACCAGCGGACUUUUUGAACCUGACUGCUCAGCCGCAAGGUUCACUGGGUACAGAGGUAGCAACGGUGGCCGGAGUAAAAUGGAGCUCCCUGAGAUGAGUUGUGCAAGUGGCGUAGGUGGCAAGGGAGUGGUCUGCAAGAGAUAGACGUUUCUUUGCUCUAAAUUUUAUUACUAUUAUACUAAAAUAUACCACUAUACAAUAUGGUAAGUGGUAACUAUAAUAUAUAACUAAUUAAUAAAUUUGUAACACGGUUUUUUUUCUGUAACAAUAAUAUCAUGGAGAAAGGAAAAUGUAAUUUUACUAUUCUUGAACUGAAUGAAUUUGAAUUUAUGUUUAAUCUCUAGUGUUUUAAUAAUUAAUGGUUUGGG